CUUGACACCGACGAUCUCGAGGCCGCUGGCUGCGCGGUUUGUGCCCUCGGCGCGCAUCGUCCUCGCCUCCCCGUCGCGCCCCAAGUCCAGCUCCCGGCUUCAGGCGCCCCCGUCCACUCGGUGACUGCUCUUGUCGCCGACGCGCACACUCUCCCGCGCGAGAACCAGGAGCUGCGCGCCCAGUACGAACUCGUCUCAGCGCACAAUGCGGGCUUGGCUACUCACGCGUCCGUGCUGCAUGACCGCAAUCUCGCGAUCUUGCAUCGUGCUCGCGAGGGUUAUCGCGCAGGCAUGAUCCGGCUCGAGCAGGCGCUCCUCUCCCGGGAGCACGCCGAGCGGGACUACGCCGUCCUGGAGGACCGAGUGACCGACUUCCGCGCUCGUGCUGAGCGCGCCGACGCUGCCGAGGCUCUACUCCGCGCCGAGCGAGGCUCCUCGACAGAGCAAUAUCGUGAUCUUCAAGCUCAGCUCCGGGCGGCACGAAACCAGGUCACUGACUUGACUACCGUGUCGCUUGCGCGGCUAUCAAGUGCGUCGCGCCUCCACGGCCCUGAGACGCUGCUGUCACCGAGAGGGACCGGGCACGUCAAGCCGUGGCCGCCCUUGAGCAGCGGCGAGACGCUGCCGUCGCCGAGAGAUCAGGCUCGUCAGGCCUUGACCGCUCUGGAGCAGCAGCGCGCCCCUGUCGACGAAGAGCUCCGCGCGGCCCGUGCGUCGCUUUCUCAGAGCCGCAUGGAGAUCGAGGCGGCCCAGAACCUGAACGUCCCGCUGCAGGACGACCUUCUGCGCGUCAAUGCGCUCUUAGUGGCCCACGCCGAGGAGCUCCGCCGCGGCGCGACGCGUAUCCACGAGCUGGAGGAGUCAGUGGCUACUGCUACGACUCUCCGUGUGGCCGCCGAGUCCGAGAUGGCGCGGGCUCAAGCCGGCGAACUUUGCGCCACAUCUCGCGCGGCGCAGUAUCGAGCUGGGUGGCUGUCCAUGCGGCGGUCGUCUCAGCAGCGUCGAGGAGCAGUCGGCGCCCAGACCCAUCGUCUCAGCGCUCGCGUCGCCAAGCUGGAGGAGGAGCACGACUUGGCCAUCCGAGAGCGCGACGAACGCGCUGUGGCUUGGCGUCGGAUGCUUCGAGACGCGCGUCGGGGCCGAGAGAUGGCGCGGCGGAUGCGCGACGAGCUUGCUGAUCGUCUCGCCGGCAUCGUAACGCGUGUAGGCGGGCAGAUCGACACCGCUGACCUGGUCAGGCGAUUCGAAGCCACUUUCACGGCGGAGAUCGACGGUGCGACCCCCCUCCCC